AUGCGAAAGCUGGAAUGGGACGACAUGGGAAUGAAGGUUGACGGUCGGCAGUUACACCGCUUUGCUGAUUUGCGCUUUGCUGAUGACAUCUACAAAAGACAAUGUAGGGAAUUGAACAUGAUGAACGACCUGACCCCCGAGUUGGGCAGGAGGAAACGAGCGCCUUGGGGAGCGUAUAAGACCAUCGAGCAUGUACUGAAGAAGACCAAGAACAUCCGGCUUCGUGCUCACUUCUUCAACACCAAAGCACUUCCUGUUUUGACCUAUGCUCCAGAAACCUGGGCAGCUCGCAAACAGGAAGAAAAUCCGUUACUAUUAGCAACUCUAGCAAUCGGUGGUGCGCUGACAUCACGGCUUUUCGAAAAUCAAAGAGAGCGCUAUUCUUAUUGGCUCUGA